AUGUCUCGAUGCAAACGUUUGAAAUGGCAUGAACCAAAUCUUCAAUGGGAAUCCAUCGGAGAAAUCGAGAAAGAACUGAAAGGAUAUCAAAGAGUGGAACAGUUCGACGAGUUCUGGAAAAGACUUCGUGAGAUGGAAUCGAGAAUUUCUCGUAUCGAAUCCAGAAUCCAUAACGGGGAUUUUGGAGAGUACCUUCAGGAGACAUGGGAUACUGUCAAGAAACCAUUCGUCUUCGCUAAAAGUUGCAUCUGUAAUCGUCUGAAAAGAGCCUCAUCGAAAGAAGCUAGUCAAUAA